GCAUGCUCGGGCGUAUAUAUUGAUGAUGAUGAUGGGAGCCUCCAUUUUCGCUGACAAGAGCGGAAAUGAGGUUCAGGUGCUACACUUGCCUUUGCUGGAGAGGUUUGAUGCAGCAACACAGUUCAGCUGGGGUAGUGCCACCCUGGCUUAUCUAUACAAGCAGCUGUGUCGCGGCUGCCAGAGAGGGAGCACAGAGUUGGGGGGAUUUUUGCUACUCCUCCAGAUUUGGUCAUGGGAGUAUAUCCACAUUGGCCGUCCCAUUAUAGUCGGAUAUCAUGGCAUUGAUGGACAGCCACUGCCUGAUGAGCCUCCACGUCUGCUAGGACCACAUCAUGUACGGGGCGAGGACCCUCUACGCCGUCAGUAUGUUUUCAAUCGUUUGUAUUUAUGUGAGUAUUUGUUGAAUGUUAAUAAAUUAAUAAUAUCCAUAUUAUUGAUAUUGUUACAUGAAUGGUUAGGUGGUUAUAUGCUGGUCUAUCUCGCAUGUCAUCCGCUACUGGGCUCGGUGUCUGCAGGGAUGCAUUGGAUCGGAUGUCUGAGGACCAGGUAUGGUGUAUGUAGUAUAACAUUAACUAGAAUAGGUGUAGAAUAAAUACUAAUUUUGUAUGUUUAUGAAACAGAUCACAUGGAUGCCGUUUAGACCUGAUAUGUUAGCAGAGUUGCCCCCAGCUGGACGAGAGCAUACUCACAUCUGGCGAGCACGUGUCCCGUUGAUAUGUUUUGACAUUGUUGAGCUGCAUUUGCCUGAUAGAGUCAUGCGUCAGUUUGGGUUUGAGCUGCAUAAGCAGGGAUUUUUGCUACAGAGCUGGGGGAAAGUAAUAUCACCAUAAGAUGCAUUUGCACAGGGAGACACUUAUGUAGAGCUGCAUAAGAUGGAUAGGCGUGAGAAGCAUACAGAGGAUUGGGCACUCAGACAUGUCCGAUACGUGACUAUGUGGGAAAGGAGAGCUGAGCUAGCUGUGGUUGGGACACCCACAUAUGUGCCAUCUGUUUCAGGAGACUACAUGGGAUGGUACUACAGCAUCACUCGGUUAUUUGUGUCUCCUUCGUUCAGACUCCCUACUCAUCAUUAUCAGCCUAGCUCCUUGGCUUUGCAUCUUACGGCUCUGACAGGCAUUGCCUCGUUGUGCUCAGAUGUGUUGGGCCGAGUAGACUACGGACAUCUUAUACACAUGCCCCCAUCUCAGGAGAUGGCAUCCACGUCUAGUGCAGCCGCGGCUUCAUCAUCCCAGACGCAACAUGAGAGAGUGGUUCUUCAACCACGACAACGCCGUAGGCGUAGACAUGAGCAGCAACAUCUCCAUGACGAAGCUGAUGAUGAGAACUUGUAGUUUGUCUUUUGUAUUGUAGUUUUUCUUAUGCAGUAGAUGUUGUACGAACAAUGUACAAGUUUUGAUGUAUUUUGUCUUGUUAAGUAUUGUAUGGUGUAUUGAUGUGUUCGAGUAUGAAUAUUAGAUGAUUACUUGUUAUGGCAUAUAUGAUGAUUGUAUUGUGUUAUUCCGGUUAUGAUUUGAAGGUUUUUUACGGGUGUU